AUGUCAGUAACUCGAAGAGCCAGAGAGGAAGUUCCAGAACGGGCGGCUCCCUCUAAACCCCCUUCUACUGGAAUGUUUCCCUUAGGUUAUAAAGAAGCCGCAUCUCAAUGGUGGAACAGUGUAACACCCACCAUCGCUGAACGCAACGUGAUAUCAUGCAUUCCAUAUCUUCGAGAAGCUAUCGCGUCGGGUACGAGCUCUGCGACUGAAGUUCCAUCGGCGGAACAUCCUGGAGAAGCUGAAACAUCGUCGAAAAUCGAUCCUUACGGACCCAGAGUAUGGAAGUCGACACUGGUCCAGUUGUCUGGCAAGAACAGGGGUCUAAACGAGUUCUCCGUAGAACGUGUCGGAGAAGACGUCGAUGACACGCUCGUUAUGCUUCACGGAUACGGAGCCGGACUGGGGUUUUACUACAAAAACUUCGAGCCCCUUAGUCGCGCGAAAGGUUGGAAGCUCUAUGCGCUAGAUUGGCUAGGAAUGGGCAACUCUACAAGACCCCCUUUCAGGGUUUGCGCGAAAGACCCGGCGGCGAAGAUUACAGAAGCAGAGAAUUGGUUCAUAGAUGCGCUGGAAGAAUGGCGAAAGAUUCGAAAGAUUGAGAAGUUUACUCUACUCGGCCACUCUUUAGGCGGCUACUUGAGCGUUUCCUAUGCGCUCAAGUACCCAGGUCACGUAAAUAAGCUCAUCCUUGCCUCUCCAGUCGGCGUACCAGAAGAUCCUUAUGCCGUAAACGCCGACAUGCCGGAACCAACAGAAUCGACAUUCCAAGACGAGUUUACCGUAGACCAGAAAUCAACAACCGAAAGUCACAGCAAUGGCGGUUUUAACGGGGACAAGAAGGUGCAACAACAGGAAGCUAAGAAGCGGCCGUAUCCUUCAUGGUUAGUGUGGUUAUGGGAUGCCAAUGUGUCGCCAUUUAGUCUUGUACGAUUAGCGGGACCGCUAGGGCCACGACUUGCAUCAGGCUGGACCUCUCGCCGGUUCGACCACUUGGGUCCGGAAGAGAAGCAGACGCUCCAUGAUUAUGCAUACUCGAUUUUUAGGCAAAGGGGAAGCGGUGAAUAUGUCCUCCCUUAUCUCCUCGCCCCUGGUGCGCACGCACGACGACCAGUCAUCAACCGAAUCCACCGUGUGGGUAGACAAGUUAUCACUCCUGCGACUGAGACGACACCGGCCGUGAAAGAAACAGGAUUUCCUAUCAUCUUCAUGUACGGGGAGAACGAUUGGAUGGACGUAGCCGGUGGUCUUGCCGCGGAACAGAAGCUCAAGGAAACCAAAGCUAAGAUUUUAGCAAACGCUACCGAGGAAGAGAAGAAGAAAGAGAAAGGCGAUGUGAAAGUUAUCAUCGUUAGCCGAGCCGGUCAUCACGUCUACCUCGAUAACCCAGAUGAGUUCAACAAAUACAUCCGCAAGGAGCAAGAAGAUACGAGGCGACAAACGUUGCGAGAGAGGGCUCAAUCAUAG